GCCGGGGGAAUAGGGCCCCUUCUCCUUUCUGUGCCAAAUCCCGGACGAUGGUGAAUUAUGAACGUGCCACAUCAUGAAGCUCUUGUGGCAGGUAACUGUGCACCACACCUGGAACGCUGCCCUGCUCUCGGUCGUCUACCUCACGGCGCAGGUGUGGAUUCUGUCUGCAGCAGCUGCCUGGGCUGGAGCCCCGAACUGCCCCUCCGUCUGUUCCUGCAGUAACCAGUUCAGCAAGGUGGUGUGCACGCGCCGCGGCCUGGCCGAGGUCCCUCAGGGCAUCCCUUCCAACACCCGCUAUCUCAACCUCAUGGAGAACAACAUCCAGCUGAUCCAAGCGGACACCUUCCGGCACCUGCACCACUUGGAGGUCUUGCAGCUGGGCAGGAACUCCAUCCGCCAGAUCGAGGUGGGUGCUUUCAACGGGCUGGCCAGUCUCAACACCCUGGAAUUGUUUGACAACUGGCUGACCGUCAUCCCGAGCGGGGCCUUCGAGUACUUGUCCAAGCUGCGGGAGCUGUGGCUCAGGAACAACCCCAUCGAGAGCAUCCCUUCGUACGCCUUCAACCGGGUCCCAUCCCUCAUGCGCUUGGACCUGGGCGAGCUCAAGAAGCUGGAGUACAUUUCUGAGGGGGCUUUCGAGGGAUUAUACAACCUGAAGUACCUUAAUCUUGGGAUGUGUAACAUUAAAGACAUGCCGAACCUCACGCCCCUGGUGGGGCUGGAGGAACUGGAGAUGUCGGGGAAUAACUUCCCUGAUAUCAAGCCAGGAUCUUUCCAUGGGUUAAAGUCUCUCAAGAAGUUGUGGAUUAUGAACUCCCAGAUCAGCCUGAUUGAGCGGAACGCGUUCGACGACCUCACCUCGCUGGUGGAGCUCAACCUGGCCCACAAUAACCUGACCUCGUUGCCGCACGACCUUUUUGCCCCCCUGAGAUACCUGGUGGAGUUGCACUUGCACCACAACCCCUGGAGCUGUGACUGCGACAUCCUGUGGCUCUCCUGGUGGCUGCGGGAGUACAUCCCCACCAACUCCACCUGCUGCGGGCGCUGCCAUGCCCCGAUGCACAUGAGGGGCAAGUUCCUGGUGGAGGUGGACCAGACCUCCUUCCAGUGCUCCGCACCCUUUAUCAUGGACGCCCCCAUGGAUCUAAACAUUUCUGAAGGACGAGUGGCGGAGCUCAAGUGCCGAACUCCCUCCAUGUCCUCUGUGAGGUGGUUGCUGCCUAACGGGACCAUUCUGAGCCACGCGUCCAACCACCCACGGAUAUCCGUUCUCAAUGAUGGGACCUUGAACUUCUCCCAUGUUUUGCUAACGGACACCGGGGUUUAUACGUGCAUGGUCACCAAUGUGGCAGGGAACUCCAAUGCCUCGGCCUACCUCAACGUGAGCACGGCCGAGCUCAACACUUCCAACUACAGCUUCUUCACCACCGUCACGGUGGAAACUACAGAGAUCUCCCCCGAAGACAUCUCCCCAAAAUUCACUAAGCCAGUGCCAACGACUUCGACAGGGUACCAGCCGGCGUACACCACCACCACCACGGUGCUGAUCCAGACCACCAAAACGCCCAAGCAGGUGGCGGUGCCCACCGCGGACACUAACGACAAAAUGCAGACCAGCCUGGACGAGGUGAUGAAGACCACUAAGAUCAUCAUCGGCUGCUUCGUGGCGGUGACGUUGCUGGCGGCGGCCAUGCUGAUUGUCUUUUACAAACUUCGCAAGCGGCACCAGCAACGCAGCACGGUGACGGCCGCCCGGACCGUGGAGAUCAUUCAGGUGGACGAGGACAUGCCGGCGGCUCCAGCGGCUCCGACCAGUGUAUCAGGUGAGGGGGCAGUUGUGCUGCCAACAAUUCAUGACCAUAUUAACUACAACACCUACAAACCGGCACACGGGGCCCACUGGACAGAAAACAGCCUGGGGAAUUCGCUACACCCCACAGUAACCACUAUCUCUGAACCUUAUAUAAUUCAGACCCACACCAAGGACAAAGUACAGGAAACUCAAAUAUGACUUUUUUCAGAAAUUAUAAAUGCAAUAGAAUGCACAAAACAAAACAAGACAGCAACUUUUGUACAGAGUGGGGGAGAGACUUUUUUCUUGUAUAUGCUUAUAUAUUAAAUCUAUGGGCUGAUAAGAGAAGCAGAUUAUAUUAAAAUUAAAAACCCUAUUUUCUAACUUGUAAGUUCUAUUUAAAGAAAAAGGGUGGGGGGGCAAAAUCUAAAUCUAAAACCAAACCAAUGCCAGAACGACUUUCUGGAGCGAGGCUGAGAACACAACUAGCGAAGGGACAGGCGGGGAGCGGGGGAAGGAAGUAUCACAGAAUGCGGUAACACAAACCUGUUUCUACAAAGAUCUUUUCUGAAAGCCCAACCUCGAUAUUUACAGAUUUAUCUUAUUUAAAAAAAUAAGGAAAAAAGCGCACCAAGAAUUUGUACUGUGCCAAAACGUUACAAA